CUUCCUGGGCUGGUGUGUGGGCAGAGGAGGAGGGAAAUGUGGCUCACUGAGCACAACAACAGCAGACGAGACGGAAACCCACAGGUAUUCCUUUUCCUAGAGGAGCUUUCAAGGUGGGGAGAUCCCGGAAUUGGCUCUGAAUCUCCUCUUGGGGGCCCUGAGCACUGGAGGGUUCCACUCCAGACACACAGGAGAUGAGCUUCCCCAGGAGAAGAGGCUUCUACAAGCAAGAAAUCAACAAGACCGUCUGGGAGCUUCCUAGGAGAUAUACUUCUCUCAGCCAGGUGGGCUCUGGAGCUUAUGGCUCUGUCUGCUCAGCAAUAGAUAAGAAGACAGGGGAGAAAGUGGCGAUCAAGAAGCUCUGCCGCCCAUUCCAGUCUGAGAUCUUUGCCAAGCGAGCAUAUCGUGAACUCACACUGCUGAAGCACAUGCAGCAUGAGAAUGUCAUUGGGUUACUUGAUGUCUUCACUUCAGCUAUGACCUUUGAUGGAUUCCAAGACUUCUACCUGGUGAUGCCAUACAUGCGGACAGAUUUACAAAAGAUAAUGGGACAUCAGUUCAGUGAAGAGAAGAUCCAGUAUCUAACCUACCAGGUGUUGAAAGGGUUGAAGUAUAUUCAUUCCGCUGGAAUCAUUCACAGGGAUCUGAAGCCUGGUAAUUUGGCAGUCAAUGAAGAUUGUGAACUAAAGAUCUUGGACUUUGGCUUGGCAAGGCACACAGACUCUGAGAUGACUGGCUAUGUUGUGACCCGCUGGUACAGAGCACCAGAAGUGAUCCUGAACUGGAUGCAUUACAAUCAGACGGUGGACAUCUGGUCUGUUGGCUGUAUCAUGGCAGAAAUGUUGACUGGGAAAACUCUGUUUAAGGGUAAAGACUAUUUAGAUCAGCUGACUCAGAUCUUGAAAGUGACAGGAAGCCCUGGAGAAGAAUUUGUGCAAAAGCUGGAAGACAAAGCGGCAAAAAGCUACAUCCAGACGCUUCCCAAGAUCCCUAAAAUGGAUUUAUCUCUCCUUUUCCCCAAAGCUAAUCCUUUGGCAGUGGACUUGCUCGACAAAAUGCUGCAGCUGGAUGUGGAAAAGCGUCUGACGGCUACCCAAGCUCUGGCUCACGCUUACUUUGAGCCAUUCAGAGACAUCGAGGAAGAGACAGAGGCGCAGCACUCCUAUGAUGACUCCACAGAGGGCGAAAAGCUUUCGAUCAAUGAAUGGAGAAGACAUAUUUACAAUGAUAUACUGACAUUCAGUCCAAUCGUACGGAAGGACUCCAAGAGGAGAAGCGGUAUGACAUUGUAAGCUCUGUCCUGUCUGAUGCUGAGAUACCUUUCCGAUGAGAAAAUGUACAUCAAUAUUUUGACCCCAAUAAAGAACAAAUGUUAUUCAGCAUGGGAAAGUAUGCAGACGUAGAACACAAGGACAAUGAGUGUAUAAGGGGAGUUCCAGCUUAGCCGGAAGGCCAAAACUGCACCAGGAACAUCUUUCAGUGCCAAAAAUUAAUAUGCUUCUCAUUAAUGCUCUUUGUGAUAAAUUGUGAGUUGCACAUUUCUUUCUUUUCUUAUGCAUUCUGUAACUGGUUCUUCACUUGAUUAAAAAGGCACCCGUGGAUUCCA